AUGCUACGUCUCAGUAGAAGCCCCCGUCUCAUCGGCCGAAAUCUCCGAAAUCCCCUUCUCGCCUCCCAGAAACGAUCCUUCGCCCUAGACCCAGCCUCCAUCGUAGACACCCUCACAACAUCGCUCCAGCUGCUCCAUGCUGCCUCGGGCAUCCCGUGGUGGGCGCUAAUUCCCCUCACGACGUUCGGGCUCCGUGGCGUCUGGACGUUCCCGCUAGCGGUGCUCCAACGUCUUCGUGUGCAGAAACAGACGGCGUUGCGGCCGAUCGUGUCGGCCACAGCACCCGUGGUGCGGCUCAAUUUGGCGAAGAAAGCGCUGGAGGCUGCGCAGAAGAUGGCGCUGGGGUCGGAGCCCGCCGUGACCCGCCUUCUUCUGCCGUUGAACCAGAUGCGGUACGAGGAAAUCAUGGUGCUCUCUGCCAAGGAGGUGCGCAAGAGACAGAAGAAGUUGUUUCGCGACCAUGGCGUGCAGCUCUACAAAAACAUGUUUCUUCCGGCGGCGCAGAUCCCGCUCUGGGUGUGUAUGUCCAUCACCUUCCGUAAUUUGAGUGGGUGGUCUUCGUGGGACGUCUUGUCCAAUAAACCGCUUGAUCCGUCGUUGUAUACCGAGGGUAUUCUCUGGUUCGGCGAUCUCACCGUGCUUGACUCGCUCCACAUCUUUCCCCUUGCAUUGGGCGCCGUAGCACUCAUCAAUGCCGAGUGGACGUUCAAGACCCUCGACUUGAUGAAAGAAUAUACCCCGAAACGUGCCAUCCGGACCACGUUCACCGACUCGCUUGCCAACGUGUCGCGAAUGACCGUGGUGUUUCUCAUGGCCAUCUCGCUCCACGCACCCAGCGCGCUUACUUUGUACUGGCUCAGCUCGCAACUCUUCUCCUUGGUGCAGAACGUGUUCUUGGACCUUGUUUUUCCUGCUAGCUUCACGCCGAAGCGGAGAUUGGAUCUUCGCAAGCUGACAUCGGUGGAGGCCAAAGACGUGAUGUCCGAGAAUGCGAUGCCCAAGGAGCCCACUGUAAAUAACCCAUAG